GACGCGCGUGGGCAAAGAUACAUCUCCACGAGCAUAAAAUUAUUGGAAGAAGCCAAAUUCUAAUACAAGACUUCACAAAAGGCGCACUCAAAGCCGUGCGAUUCCUUACGGCCACCCGCCGGUGACGGAAACCUCCAGCAAACAGUCGCGCGACCGCCAUUCCAACCUACACGUGAUUAUCCUAUCACACAGCCAUCACGAGAUUGUAGAUGANCUAAUCUGAUUGAAUUCCAGUUUUAUUUGUUGUGGUGUUAGUUAAUAGGGGACUGACAAAGCUGAGCUAGUUUCUGAUUUACGUACAUUAAAGUAGCAAGCCGCAAUGGAAGCAAAACCACCUUUAUCUAUUCAAAGAUCAAGAGCAGCGCAAAUUAGUAAUUAUGGAGCCUCAGCAGCCGUGUCCUCUUCAUUUCCCGUUCUUCCAAGCCCACUGCAUGAGACAUGUCCAAGAUUUUCGGACUCCACUCAUGUUGCAUUAAACAGUGAACAACUUGUGCAUCAACCUGCAACUGUUGUUUCACCAUUGUCUUCCGACAGUGGGCUCGUCGGGCACAUGUUUUCAUCUUCUUCAGGAUUUUCUACAGAUCUUCAAUUUUCAACCGUCCAACAACAUGGGCAGCAUCCAAGGCAAUCCCCUUUUAUUUCUCAAUCGACGAGUAGUGGGAAAUCAGUCGUGUUACCGAAUGCAGUUGAUUCUCGAGUUCUUCAGUCCACUGCAUCAAGUCAAUUUAACAAAGAAAAUAACGACUCGUGGUGCGCUGAUGCAUUACCUGAUUUUCUUGAUUUUCCGAUAAGCGCGACUAUGCUGGACAGUCAACUAGAUGGUAGCAACACCGGCAGCAUUACCGUUCCACCUGAGGAUUUCGGUAAACAAAGUGAUUGGCAGGAUUGGGCUGAUCAGCUUAUUACCGAUAAUGAUGCUUUGACUACUGAUUGGAAUGGACUUCUUGGGGAUGCAAGUGUUGCAGACCUAGAACCAAAGGUAACUCAUCAGAUUCCCCAACCAUCGAACAUCUCCAAACAGCAGCCUCAUGCAUCCCAACAGCUGCCAGACACGCCUGGUGAAAUUUGCACUAAUGGCGGUCAGUCUUCAUCAGGAAAUGCUAAUCCAGGAAAGCAGCGCAUGCGUUGGACACCAGAACUUCAUGAGGCCUUUGUGGAGGCAGUCAACAAGCUCGGUGGAAGUGAAAGAGCUACUCCCAAGGGUGUCCUGAAACUAAUGAAAGUUGAUGGGUUGACCAUUUAUCAUGUGAAAAGCCACCUACAGAAGUACCGAACGGCUAGAUAUAAGCCAGAGACAACAGAGUCUUCAGAGAAAAAAUCCGCCUCUAUUGAAGAUUUUCCGUCACUCGACUUAAAAACGGGAAUUGAGAUCACCGAAGCACUGCGGUUGCAGAUGGAAGUACAAAAGAGGCUGCAUGAACAACUUGAAAUUCAAAGGAAUCUUCAGCUCCGUAUAGAAGAACAGGGAAGAUAUCUUCAGAUGAUGUUCGAGAAGCAGUGCAAGUCUGGAAUCGACUUGGUCAAAGGCUCAUCUUCCAACAAUGAAAACCGAGACGAAUUGUUAGAAAAUGCCGAUGGUAAUGUAAAGCCAAAUGAGGCGGCUAAUGAAGCAAAAACACAAGGAGAAACUUCUCAGUUGGAGGCCGGUAAAGAAAAAUCGGUCGAGCUUGAAAAUCCCGAGGCAAGCUUUGGUGUAACAUCCGAAGUGCAGCCAACAAAACGCGCGAGGGUGGAUGAGUAGGCUGUGGGCCCCAUCACCUAUUGGGAUCAUGUGAAGACACUGAAGUUUUUUAUUGUCUAUUUGACUUUGGAAUGGUAUUCUAUUGGGCAUGGGGCUUUUGUUUUCCAUCAUGAACUUAUUUUAGUUCUUUAAGCAGACAAGUGACUUUUGGAGUCUAGCACACUUGAAUUUUUCUGCAUGUAGUUUUUGGAAUUAGGGACAUGAGAGAUUUUUCGGAAGUUUGAAUGGGGAAAAAUGAAAGCUGAUGUUCUGCUCUACAGG